CCUCCUCCGUCACGUGUGGAAAACAAGCGCUCCUGCCCCAUUUCCCCGGCGCGACGGAGAAGGCAGGGAAAGGCGGCGAGGGUCUCCUCCUUCUCCUCUUCCUCCGACAUGAAGAUGCACUUCAGCAUCCCGCUCUCCGAGGAGCUCCUGGAGAAGUUUGGCGGCCGCUACGUGCUGUAUUCGGUGUAUCUGGAAGGCUUCCUUUUCUGCAAGGUUCGUUACAGUCAGCUGCACCACUGGAAUGAACAGCUGAGACGUGUGUUUGGACGAGGCAUUCCUUCCUUUCCUCCGAAAUUCUACCUUGCAAUGACAAAGUCAAUGGCUGAUGAAAGGAGAGCUAACCUAGAACAAUAUCUACAAAAUGUGUCCAUUGAUCCUAGUAUCACAAACAGUGAAGUUUUUAUCAGUUUCUUUCGGAAACUACAGCAGGACACCUUCAAAAUCCAGACCCAACGAGCCUUUCUGGAUGUUUAUCUUCCUGAUGGGAGAUAUCUCAGACUUGAUGUCCAGACCUCAGAUACUGCUGAAAGAAUCCUAGAGGUUGUAUCCUACAAGAUUGAGCUUUCAAGAGAACUAAUAGGGUAUUUCAGCUUAUUUCUUAUUCAAGAUCACAACAAUGGAGAACUGUCUGUACUGAAAAAACUGGCCGAAUUUGAACUGCCUUAUGUGAGUCUUCGCAGCAUGAAGGAGCCGUCUUGUAAAAUUGGGAUCAGGAAGUGGUACAUGGAUCCUUCCCUUGAUAAAAUGCUUGUGGACUGCAGAACUGCAGUGAAUUUACUCUACAUGCAGGUUGUACAGGAGAUUGAGAAGAACUGGCUCAGGCCUACUGAUGGGCAGAUGCAGAAACUUCAAAUGUUCCAAAAGGCACAAAACAAAAUGAAGUUCUUAGAGCUGGUUCAGGAGGUCCGGCAUUAUGGCUAUAUACAGCUUGAUCCUUGCUCUUGUGACUACCCCGAAGUCGGCUGUACGGCUGCUAUUCAUGUUGGAAAUAAUGAGAUUAGCUGCUGCAUAAAGUUGCCUAGUAACCAGAUCAAAGAGGUCAGCUUCAAGAUCAACCGGGUGAGGUGCUGGCAGGUCACAUUCCUAGGAUCUGUUACAGGUCAAGGACUUGACCAGUUUCUGGAACUCAGGUUUGAGUACAAUGAUUCAGAUACAUGGAGAUGGAUCGUCUUCAACACAAAACAGGCAUUUCUACUAAGCAGUUGCUUGAAAAAGAUAAUAUCGGAGCAGCUAAUGACAGCAACCAAAAGUGAUCAAGAAAUGCAGAUUGAGCUUCCUGAACCAGAAAAAGCAAAGAAAGCAAGCAUCCAUCCAAGUCAGAUAUUUCAUUCCGGUUUUAAGUCAAGAAAAAAGAUAACAACUAGUAGAUCAAACGACGACGACUGUGUGUUUGAGAAGAUAAGUGAAGAAGACUUGUGAUCUUCAGCUGCUGCAGUUGGGAUUUUUUACCAAAAGGAAAAGUCAACAAUUACUACAUUUUUCCUCAAGUGGCGGUUUAUAUUUUCUAUCUCCUUUUUGGAUAGAACGUCUGUAUUCUUGAUAAUUUUAAAACAAGCCUGGACGAGCCAUAAUUUAUGACAUUGGGAACGAAAUCUGUAAAUAUUUUUGCACAUAUACUUGUUUUAAUUUUAUUUUCUAAAUAUGUACAGGAACUUUUGAAAAAUGAAAGACAUCUUCUUGUUUACUGCAAGUGUUGGAGAAAAUGUGACAUUAAGUGUUAAUCUCAGCAAUGUUGACUAUUGUUUUGUUCUGUUUCAAGGGAGACCAAUUUUCCCUGCCACUUUUCACCCUGAUGGUAAAUUAACAUUAUGCACUGAAUCAUCCCAUCAGGGUCUUCCUAUUUGCAUAGUACAUGGUGCAAUCUUGUCCUGAUCUUGCAUUUCAAUAAGAAUCUAACAGCAUUUAUUUAUAGGACUUUUUCUGGAGUUUUUGGCUUCCCCUACGACUUGUCUGUCGCAUGAAAAUGUGCAUAUAACAUGUUUGACUCUCUUCCUCCCCUUUUUGCUGGAAUGCAUUAUUACCCUCAGGGCUCUUGGGACUUGCCUCCCCCCUUUAGCUGUUCCAAUACAAUACAGUCUCUGUCUGUUUUUUUAAACCUAUUGCAUUUUGUAUAAGGAAUUUUUAAACAAUAAUUAUGCAGGAAGGGGCGAGGUAACUUGUAGCAAAAGCUUACCGAUAUGCUAAAUAUAAACACUGUGAAAGCAA